CUAUCCUUCCUCUAUGAUAUUUACCAUAAUAUUUUAUAUUAAUUUUUGUAAUAUGUUUGCACAGAUGAUGGGUUGCGCCAGCAGCAUAAGACGCCUCAAUAAUAACAAUAAUUAUGAUGACUAUGAUGAUGAUGAUGAAAAUCGCUCAGAACGGAGAUUCAGCAUUUUGGGAACUUCUGGGAGGAGUAGAGGGGGUAACUCACCCCUCCACUUGCCCAAUUCCAAGUUGACUUUCAGCCGUGAUCAGCUCAACUGUUUAAACCAAUAUUUCAACGAACAGCUGGAUAAUCGUGACAACGAUGUGGACCUCCCAAGAACUUCAAACGAUGAGCUGCUGUCAUUGGUGGAGAGGCUGGUCCAGAGACUGCUAUGUACUGUGGGCACUUUGGAUCCAAGAUUCGCCUCUAUGUUACUCAUCAAUGCCAAACCGUCUACUAAUUACUCUAAGCCAACUUCGGGCGGAUUUCGUCUGACCUAUCUGGUCAGGCUGGAUCGUCUCUCAUCCCCUCCUACUUUCGAAGAAGAGGGAAGACCGGUGUGUGUGAUAUGUGAGGGUGAAGGGGGACCCCAGGGUUUUGCGAAAAUUCGUCUCCAGGGGACCGGAUGUGAUGAUUGGGCCGAAUUUGUUAACAACAAUGGAUACCUCAGGAGAGACAAAAUACAAGAGCGCUUCGUAGAGCUGCUAGCCUGGGCUGUGUCAGCCAAGGGGGACGCGUUGCAUGUCCCACAGUCGGCACUCAUAGAUGAGACACACCUGGCGGGGGACACAUUGCGUGUCCCACAGCCGGCACACAUAGAUGAGACACAUCUGGCGGGCGCACCUGGCAAGGUCAUUCCUGAUGCCUUGGCAGCCAGGCGUAUUCUCAACACUCCAGCCAAUCAAAGACUCUUCUAUGGACCAGCAUCAACCAAUCGCACCGCAUUUCCAGAUCCACGUGACUUCCGAAUCGCCAUCUUGGACGGAGGCGCGUGUGUGCGCCUGCGUGUAGCUUUGCUCAACCACAGUCAGCUGUUCAAAGGUCAAGGCUCAAGGUCACAACAUCAAGGUCACCUGUUCGACAACCACUCGUCAGCUGAUCGGGAUGUCACGGUCACACUGACACUGGGCGUUGAGGCUGAAGGAUGGCCCAGAUCAGCUGAUUUCCCCUUGCCACGAACAGCCAUCACACACUGUGAUGCACUGUUGUAUCAGAAGGCUGCCACCACUUUUGACAAUGUUUUAAUUGAACCUUUCAGAGAAUGGCUUUAUCUGGUCCCCUGCCCACCACACCCAGCCACCAGAUGCGAUGACCGCAGUGCAACAUGGCAACUGCGCUUCCCAGCCACCGAGCAGCUGCUGCUAUUGGGCAACACAACAGCCAAUUGUGUGCUAGCCACUCUGGCGGCCAUCUUGGACGAGAUGCACCGCAGCAACAUUUGUGCCUCACAAUAUAAUGUGUCGCCACAUAAAGCCCCUCAAAAUGUAGUCUCACACUUGCUGGCCACCACUGUUUGGUUUUCUGCUGAGCAGAGUGGUGCAGAUUGCAGUCCCUUGAAAGCCAUGAAACGAUGGAGCAGAGCUACGUUGUCCAGACAUGUGCUGAAAUGCCUAGACCAACUGAUAGCAGCAUUGCAAACUCAACGGCAGCGUUCUUACUUCUUUCCCUGGCUGAAUGUGGUGCUGAAUCCAGCUGACUGUGACGUCACACAUCACCACUUCACCGAAGAGGACUAUAUACAGGAAGCUCAGCUGCUACAUACCUAUCUCACCAGACUGCACUCUGUGUCCCUAUCACCGCGUCUCACCACCGCCAACAAUGAAACCACCAACCACCAGAUCCAGGUGACCUCCGAACUGACCGCUCGCUGGUCGCGGCUACUGGCUGAUAUGACACCCUCGAGGCAACGAGACAGUGAGGCAUUGUACUCGCCAAGGCAGCUUGCCUACAUUGGUCAGUUGUUUCGAGGAAUGCUCGCUGUCAAGACACUCACACUGACACAGACCCACCACAUGCCAGCCUGGUACCAGGACAUCAGUCCUUCCAACCUUGGCACACCUCCUAACUACCCGGCUGAUAACCAGGGCACAGAAGAUGUUGUCUACUUACUGUCGGCCAUUUUGGAUCAGGCCCGGAUGACCAAAAAAGGGCCAUUGUGCACCAAGUCUGGGAAAAGUCGGCCAAUGUGCAGUGGCCUUAAAAGUCAACAAGAACCGAGCAGUGGCCUUAAUCGUAGAGGAGGAAGAGGGUCUACACUGGACGCAUAUGAAACAGCUGUGCAGUGCCUCAUGCAGCAAGUGAGGCAAGACAAGUGCCAGCUGCCUUACAAUGAUGAUGCCAUACUGGUCAGGGAAGUCCUCCGUUGGCUUUACUUAGCAGCCACCCACGACCGGAAACACUUGGCACCCAUUGUGCGACCAUUUCUCUCACAGCUGUUCUUAGUCUCACAUCACAACUGCUGGCAUAACAUGGCACCACCGACGAAUACCAGCACUGAUCUAUGGCUGCUAAACAUGGACAGCAGUCAGGAAGCACAUGUGCUUGGCCGAUUCUGCACACUAGUCAAUUGUGCAGGUCUGCGACCAAGUGACGGUGUUGUGGAUGCAUUGAGGAAGGGUUGGAACUGGGCGGCAGCGAUAGUGGAAGCAGCCAAUCGCAUGCAAGAUGGCGUCGAGUUGGUGUUUACACCGCGAGAGGGCAGAACAGUACGGCACAGAGUGACAGUGGUCAAUGGAGUGGCCACAAACACAACACGCAGUCUGGGACGGAAAGUGGGUGACCACUCUAUGCAUCUACCUGCUCUGAGCAGUCUGGGAAGGAGAAUCAGUGACCACUCUAGGCAUUUAUCUGCUCUAAGCGAGGUGGUGAGGCGGACAUCGCUAUCAUUAAAUGAAAGCCUGGCUGCUCGCUUCCGAUUGGCUAUUGAUGGUGAGUGGGCGUGGCAAGGGGGGAGCGGCCUCGACCAAUGGCAGACACCGCAUUCGUAUUUGCGCGCCAACAGCCCAAUGACACUGGUUGCCGUGGCAACAGCCAAUCAGGGCACGUCCUAUGCGGCGGCCAUUGUUAACACACUCAUUGCUCUCAACAAGUUCACGGUGCUACAAGAGGUGGCCAGCCUGUUGCCAGAGGACGUGCGUGCACAGACUUUAGGUGACAUCCGACGCAUCACCAGGGAACGCAGACGGACGCACGCACAUAAUCGCAACAUGGCGCAUGCGCAAAACAGUUUCAGCAGUCAGCAUAGCGGCGCUACUGUUGAUUCUAGCAGGAGUCUUGUCACAGUUGACAGUGCACCAGUCAUCAACAACCGAUCACAGUCCUGUCUAAAUAUCACAGCCUUGGACAACCGCUAUGCCACCUAUCGGUCACUGGACGAACUAGCUUUCAAAACAGCUGAUUUGGGCGACAUAACCUCAAAACCCAACAAACUUACCCCGGGAACAGCUGACUGUGACAAACUAACAUCAAAUUAUGGCAGAAUGACCUUGGGAUCAGCUGUCUUGGGUGACAACCUAACCUCAAAAUCUGGAAGAAUGAUUUUGGGAACAGCUGAUUUGGGUGACAACCUAACCUCAAAAUCUGGAAGAACGACCUUGGGAACAGCUGAUUGUGGCAACCUAACCUCAAAAUCUGUAGGAAUGACCUUGGGAACAGCUGACUGUGACAACCUAACCUCAAAAUCUCGUGAUUCGACCUUGAAAUCAGCUGAUUUGGACAGAACACUGUUGGGAACUUGUAGACUGGCGCGUUCCCGCCAAAACCUGUCCACCAUUUGUGAUGCCGCAUUCUUCGAUGCCCCAAUUUUUUAUGCCGAUUCAGUGAAAUUCAAUCCGUGCGCCCAGCCACUUCUGGCGCUAACAGCUGAUAAUCGUCUGACAUUGCUGAGGAAGAGUCAACAGUGUAGGGCGAGACGGUGUGAUAGUUUAAACGAGCAUCAGAGGCCUCAGAAUAGAGGCAAAAAGGAGAUGGUUACCAAACUAUAGUCAAGUUUUUACUUUACAGUAAAAUUCACUUUAAAAUCUCUACAACCCUAAUGAAUUAGCAUGGAAGCUUACCAUCCAACCAAUGCUCAUAGUUCAAGUUGAAUCCUAACUAUAUAGUG